CCCUUCUGUGCCAAAUUCAAGCGCGAGUUCACCGCUUCUCAGAAAAGAGAGUGUGAGUUCACCGGCGGCGAUGGCGCGCGCUUAGAUCGAUCCCACCACGUCCCUUCUUCCAUCUCGCCGUCUCCAUGCCUCCACGCCUCCCCUCGCCGGCAUUACUCGCCUCCGCCCACCGCCGCGCGCUCUCCGCUCUCCCAGCCACCGCCGCCGCGCGACCCGGUGCCCCCCACCUGCUCGACGGAGUGCCGCGCCCGGACCGCCUCGCGCGACUCCCGCCCGAGCUCGCUUGCUUCGUCCGCUCGCGCGCCGCGGGGCACACGCCCAGCCAGUUCGCCUACGGUAACACGCUCAAGGCCUGCGCCCCCUCCGCCGGAGCGCCGGGCAAUGUCGCGUUCGCGGAGCAGGUCUACUGCGCGGCCUGGAAGGACGGGCUCGCGGGCGACGCGUACGUCUGCAGCGGCAUGGUCGACCUGCUCGCCAAGAGCGGCCGCCUCGGGGACGCGCUCAGGGCGUUCGCGGACGGCGACCCCGGGAGCGCCGUCUGCUGGAACGCGGUCAUCUCUGGCGCGUCGCGGAACAGCGAGCACGGGCUCGCCAUCGAGAUGUUCACCGACAUGGCGCGGGGCUCCUGCGAGCCCAACCCCUUCACCUACUCCGGGGUUCUCAGCGCCUGCGCAGCCGCCGCGGAGCUCUGCGUCGGGAGGGCGGUUCACGGGCUGGUGCUUCGGCGUGACCCCGGGUAUGAUCUGUUUAUCGGGACGUCGAUCGUCAACAUGUACGCCAAGUCCGGCGAUAUGGUCGCUGCCAUGAGGGAGUUCUGGAGGAUGCCGGCCCGGAAUGUGGUUUCCUGGACCACCGCCAUCGCCGGUUUCGUGCAGGAGGAGGAUCCAGCGAGUGCGGUUAGGCUGCUCAGGGAAAUGGUCCGGAGCGGCGUGUCGAUGAACAAGUUCACAGCUACUAGCGUCUUGCUCGCGUGUUCCCAGAUGUAUAUGGAAGUGGCUAGCCAGAUGCAUGGCAUGAUCAUAAAGACAGAGCUCUACUUGGAUCACGUUGUCAAGGAGGCUUUGAUCUGCACGUACGCUGCUAUCGGGGCUAUCGAGUUGUCCGAGAAGGUGUUUGAAGAAGUUGGCAGAGUAAGCAAGACAAGUAUCUGGUCGACUUUGAUAAUUGAGAUUAGUAGCCAUAGCUUAUCGAGAUCAAUUGAGCUGUUGAUGAGGAUGUUCCGGCAGGGUCUAACACCAAAUGACAAAUGCUACGCUUCUGUUUUCACUUCUGUGGACUCGAUUGACCUUGGCAGACAACUGCAUUCGUCGGUUAUAAAAGAUGGGUUUGUUCAUGGUGUUGUUGUUGGCACUGCACUGUCCACCAUGUACUCCAGAGGGGAUGAAGUGGAAGAUAGCUACAAGGUCUUUCAGGAGAUGCAGGAACAUGAUGAAGUCUCAUGGACAUCAAUGGUUGCUGGUUUUGCAUCCCAUGGCCGUUCAGCUGAGGCAUUCCGAUUAUUCAGGAAUAUGAUUCUUGAUAAUUUUAAGCCUGGCCAUAUUACGCUGUCUGCCAUUCUUUCAGCUUGUAAUGGACCAGAAUGCUUGCUCAAAGGGAAGGAAGUUCAUGGACACAUCCUUCGUGCCUAUGGGGAAACCACAUCCAUCGGCCAUUCUUUGGUUUCCAUGUAUUCCAAAUGUCGCCAAGUACAAAUAGCUAGAAGAAUAUUUGAUGCAACUGCAUGCAAAGAUCAGGUCAUGCUGUCUUCAAUGAUAUCUGGAUACUCUACCAAUGGUUGCAAUGAUGAGGCAAUCUCACUUUUUCAGCUUAUGGUGGCAGCUGGUUUUCUAAUAGAUAGCUUCAUAUGCUCAUCUAUCAUUAGCCUAUGUGCUAACAUAGCAAGACCACUCUAUGGAAAACUGUUACAUGGUUAUGCAACUAAAGUAGGAAUACAGUCUGAUCUAUCAGUAAGUAGUUCACUCGUGAAGUUGUACUCCAAAAAUGGCAACCUGCGUGAUUCUCGUAAAGUUUUUGAUGAAAUGAAUUCCCCAGAUUUAGUUACUUGGACAGCUAUAAUUGAUGGAUAUGCUCAGCAUGGAAGUGGUCAGGAUUCUUUAAGGAUGUUUGAUUUGAUGAUUAAGCAUGGAGUAAAACCAGAUAAUGUUGUACUAGUAAGUAUUUUAUCUGCUUGCAGCCGCAAUGGUUUAGUUGAAGAAGGAUUUAACUAUUUUAACUCUAUGAGAAGCAUCUAUGGGGUACAGCCAGUGUUACACCACUACUGUUGUAUGGUUGAUUUGCUUGGUCGUUCUGGGAGGCUUGCAGAGGCAAAAAGUUUUAUUGAGAGCAUGCCUAUGAAGCCUGACUUGAUGGUAUGGAGCACACUGCUUGCUGCUUGCAGAGUUCAUGAUGACGCUGUACUUGGAAGGUUCGUGGAAAAUAAGUUACGUGAAGAUAAUUACGAUUCAGGCUCUUUUACAACUCUGUCAAACAUUCUAGCAAAUUCUGGAGACUGGGAGGAAGCAGCGAGAGUAAGAAAAUCAAUGAAUGGCACCAAGAAAGAGCCUGGAUGGAGUAUGGUGUAAGAAUUGAAAUGACUGAAGAGUUAUAUAAAUAAAACAAAAUGGAGCACAGUACAUUGAUGGACUUGAAAUGAUGACAUCAUCUUCGGCAAGUUGGAAAAGAGGACCAGCUGGUUGCAUUGCAGGAAUUUGUCAGGCCAAAGAAAAAUAGAAUGGGCGGCUUGAUGGACCUAAGUUUAACAACGGGGAAGAAGGAAUGGAAGAUCAGGCGACAUGUGUAAUUUGAGGACAUGAGGUAAAAAACUAGCUAUAACACUACUGUUUAAGAUGGAUUAUUUUUUCUGUUAGAUGAACCUUCCGAAAAGCUUUCUAGUCUUCUAUUGUAUUCCUCAUAUUCCGGUGCAUAAACAAUAGUCAGGAAGGGGAGGUUAAUAUAUGCCUUGUGAACGACAUUGCAGCUGCUUAAACACGACUAGAUGAGGUCUGCAACUCUGAACGCAUCCUUGCAAUCAAUAGUAUAUUCAUUCUCCUUUGGAAUCUCUUUGACUUAUUGAAUCUGGGAUAAGUACCUCAAUGAAGACAAUCUUAGCAACACCUGGGCAUUAUCAGUCCCUUUCGAUACACCUAGAAUUAUCAUCUAGGACAUCCCAAAUAACCGUCCAGUAUUACUCUUGAACAGCAAUAGCAUCAAUGGUACAUAUAUUUUGUAGCUUAUCGAAAUCAUUUACAAUUAGACACAUUCCUCCUUUCUCUGGUUAGAAAAUUCCAAACUCCUAUAUAUAAAAGGAUGUAUUUUUUUACUGUGCAUCAUUGUCAGCACAUGCAUGGUUCUGGAUUGCAUUAAAGAUUUUCU